GCGGGGUGGCGGGCGCGCGCGGUGGGGGCGGGGGCGGGGCGGCGGGCGCGCGCGGCGGGAGCGCGGGCAGAGGGACGCCGGCUACCCUGGACAGCGCACCGCCGGCCGCCGGGGUCGCCGCGCCGCCAGCCAUGGAGCAUCUAAAGGCCUUUGAUGAUGAAGUCAAUGCUUUUUUGGACAAUAUGUUUGGACCUCGGGAUCCUCGAGUCAGAGGGUGGUUCAUGCUGGACUCCUACCUCCCUACCUUUUCUCUCACGGUCUUAUACCUGCUGUUGAUAUGGCUGGGCAACAGAUGCAUGAGGAACAGACCUGCUCUUUCCCUCAGGGGCAUCCUCACCUUGUACAAUCUUGGAAUCACACUUCUCUCCGCGUACAUGCUGGCAGAGCUUAUUCUGUCCAGUUGGGAAGGAGGCUACAACCUACAGUGUCAGGAUCUGACCAGUGCAGGGGAGGCCGACAUCCGGGUAGCCAGGGUGUUGUGGUGGUACUACUUCUCCAAAUUAAUAGAGUUCCUGGACACAAUUUUCUUUGUGUUGCGGAAAAAAACCAGCCAGAUCACCUUUCUUCACGUCUACCAUCACGCCUCCAUGUUUAACAUCUGGUGGUGCGUCCUGAACUGGAUACCCUGUGGGCAAAGUUUCUUUGGCCCGACCCUGAACAGCUUCAUCCACGUCCUCAUGUACUCCUACUACGGGCUGUCCGUCUUCCCGUCCAUGCACAAGCACCUCUGGUGGAAGAAGUACCUGACGCAGGCCCAGCUGGUGCAGUUCCUGCUCACCAUCACCCACACCAUGAGCGCCGUGGUCAGGCCCUGCGGCUUCCCCUUCGGCUGCCUCAUCUUCCAGUCUUCUUACAUGAUGACGCUGGUCAUCCUCUUCUUAAAUUUCUACAUUCAGACAUACCGGAAAAAGCCAAUGAAGAAAGCCAUGGAAGAGGCAGGGAAAGAAGUCAAGAAUGGUUUUUCCAAAGCCUACUUCAGUGCGGCAAACGGAGCGAUAAGCAAGAAGGCACAAUAAGUGUCGCGUCUCAAAGACAAAGCAUAUAUAAUAGCCUAACAGAUCCGCUUGUUUUAAAGCAAAGACUGAAUUGAAAGUUAUAUAUGUUUUAGCAUAAACUAAUUUCUUUUGAGUUUAUAAAUCAUUUGUACCCGAAACGUAUUAAUAUAUUGCUGUUGGGUCGAUCUGCUAACUGAAUGCUUUCAUCAGCAGUGAGGCGAGAGCUCUGCAGGGCUCAGACCUGGUGCUCCUUCUCGGCUCUCCCGCCGACCUAGCCCCCCGCCGACCUAGCCCCCCGCCCGGACGCGGCCCCCACCACGCCUUACGCACCUGCAGAGCCAGGACACAGGGACCACUGCUUCUCACAGCAAGUCUGCAAACAAGUUAGUUUUGUUCAGAUUAAAAUGUUUAAAACAAAAUGUUAUUAUAUUCUAAACACAGGGUAUGCUCUCAUCUAUAUUCAGCAAUAAUUGUCAGUACACAAUCAGUCCAUUUGUUCCUUUAGGGAUCAACCCCAGAAAAUAUUAAAAUGGUCACAUAGAUGGAAAACCCAGCAACCACUUUUCUCUCUCAAGUCUGUCCCCAGAAUCUCAAAUUCCCACAAUCACUUCUAAUUCUCAAAUUAGUGACAUGGUGAUAGUUUUUUAUUCCUUUUUCUUUAUUUUGAAGAAAAAUCUUCUCCCAAACCCUCAUAGUGCAGGGGCUCUGGAUAGGCCUAGUUCUUCUGUUUUAACUGGGUUUCCUUAGUUAUUCAUGUAUUCACAUCAACAUCCUAUGUUAAGGUACCCUGGGUUAGGGUAAUAGACAGUGCUCAGUUUUAAAAGUAGGAUCUGAAUUUGGCUGCCUGUCUGCUCUCUGAACAAGUCUGUAUCACUGGGCCGUUAGGGUGAUCUGUCACUGGACUAUCUGUAAGUUAGAAUUAAUAAGAGCAUCGAGGGCAAAAUAGAUACUGACCCUGUCAACCAUUUCUUAUGAACCUACCUUCGAGUAUUAUCCCUAAAUAGCUGCUGUUUGUCUUUACAGGUUAGGUUUUUGUAAACAGGAAGAGAGAGAGGGCUAUGGAAAGGUUCCAGCCCUGCCCGCAGUAAAAAGCGCCGAUUGGCAAACCCAGCACACCCUCGGCCUCCUGGGGUCACCCGAGCCCGCAGAGAAGGACGCAGACAGGGGAAGGCGGGAGGGACCACUCCUUUCUCCCCAAGGGCAGGGCGGUCAUCUACCAUUAAACUGUCCCAAGAAUGGAAACAGGGCAUUUCUGAAGAUCUGAGACAGAUUUACACCCUAUAAAGUAAUUCAUACCCUGUAAAAACGAGAUUUGCCCACUCUGACACUCUAUCUGCUUUCCUACCUUACUUUAAGAAGUUUUUAGGUCGUAACUUUGACAUCAGAGGCUUAAAUGCCCCAACACAUUACAGCACAAAAGGACGUUGUCCUUUGGGGACCAUUUCUGUUUUCUGAGCGUCCGUUUGAAAAAAAAUUUUUUAAUGGGAAAACAAAAACACCCUGACUUCGGUACUGACGUGUACACUGACGCUGAGCAUCCUGACACUGCCAACGUCUGUUCCCUGUAAACGCCCCUCGGGGUUCCGCCGCCCUGAAAGGCUGACCUCACCAGCCUUCACAGCGAGGGCAUCGUGCCGUCCAGCCCCUCCUCUGCCAGCGGACCCAUUUCUCUGGAACAGACAUCUUCCGUCUGAUGCCUGCUUUCUCUUGGGUCUCUCUAGUCUCCUAAAGCUGACUUGUUCGCGGGUGCUCACCCCCCUCCUCCCAUCACAUCAUGCACGGCUGUAAGUACCGUGCCCUCCCAGAAACUCACUUUAAAACAAGGGCUUGCCUUGAGUAUGACUCUUCCUGCUCCCGUAACAAAGUCCACGGCGGACUGGGGAGGAAGCCCCUCGGAGGAGCUAGACACUGGUGCAGUUUUAGGUCUCGGACGGGAGCUAAAAUGUUAUCAAAAGGCACUCACCGCAGGUGAAAAUGAGGCUCAGAAGGCAGAGGUCACGGGUCCAGCUUCCCCUGUCAUCAGGCCCGGCUCUGCACUCAGCCUUGCAGCUGCGGUUCCGGACGCUCCGCUGGGCUCCAUCCCUGCAAGGCAAGGACAGAGGCGUCCUUCAGCCGAGCAGACCGCCCAGACGGCUGGAAACCGCUGAUCAGAGGGGAAGCUCCGUUAGCUUCCACUCUCCGGCUCGAUUUGGAUAGAGGCUUCAGGAUGCUUAUUUCCACUUGAUCUGUAAUCCUAGGGAAGCUUCAUGAAACACUUUAUAGCCUUAAACCAUUCAAGGGCUGGUUUAAAAAAAAAAAUACAGUUAUGUAGUCUUAGUCACAAAAACUGAAUCAGGUAACUAUCUUCACCUGUUAUUAAGUGUUACAACUUUAAACAAAAUGCUUACUUUUAAUGUGAUUUUCCUAAAGCAAAGCUGUUUAAAAAAAAAAAAAAGAUCUGUAUGAUAUGUUAGAAAAAAAAGGGAAAUGUUUUUCCCCCAAAUAAAUUUCUCCUCACUCACAGGAAUGAAAACAGUUAUAUGAAUACGGUGAGCAUAUGUUUAUUCCAAUUUUUCAAACAAAAGAAUGUUCACUUACUGGAAUUAAAUACAGAAAUCUCAACCCAUCAAAAUUACAUACCAAACUAUUUAGACAUAUUGAGGGGAAAGUCCCCCCUGACAUUGGAGAAGUAUUUUUAAGGCAAAAGGUUACUGUGAUGGACAGAACUUCACUUCUUGUGUAAGAAACCAGUCUAGUUCUUUCCAGUAUUUCCAUAUUAUUUUAUGUUUCUGGGGACUUCCUUAUUUGGAAAAUAAGGAUAGCACUUUUUUUAUUUUCCUUGGAAAACACUUAUAUUUUAAGAACAUAGUAUCAUGACUGAGGUGGCCAGGGAGGCAGGAGAAGCCAUUUUUUCUUUGUAGAUAAAAAGCAUCUGUAUGAUUGUUAUAUAAUAAACUUGAUUUUGUUGUAUAAUAAACUUGUUGAUUUUUACACUAAA